AUGCUUGUCCGACCAUGUCUUGCCUGGUCGCUGCACGGAAGUGUCAGGCAGAUCCGCCAUAAUUCCUCGUACUCGCUCGAGCGCUUUUCGGAGCUCGUGCGUCGACCGUCAUCUCAACACCAGGUGUAUCAAUCGCUCUCGACCGAUCCUUACGUCAACCUCUCCAUCGAGCACUUUUUGCUGGAGAACGCGCCGGUUGACUCGAGUAUUCUCUUUCUUUACAUCAACCGUCCAUGCGUGGUGAUCGGUCGUAAUCAAAACCCAUGGCUGGAGACGGAUCUACGUGUCCUGUAUAAUGAUCGUCAACCCAAUGCUGGGCGUAGCAAUGGCGCGGUUUAUGUUCGGCGAAGAUCAGGAGGCGGCGCGGUUUUCCACGACGAAGGCAAUCUUAAUUAUAGUGUGAUCUCGCCGAGAACCACAUUCACCCGCGAUAAGCAUGCGGAGAUGGUCGUUCGAGCACUGCACCGCAUUGGAGCGGUCAACACCAGUGUCAAUGAACGACACGACAUUGUGAUGAAGUCCCCCGUGACCGAGUCAGCGAGCAAUGAGCCAAACUUCCGAAAAGUAUCCGGCUCGGCCUUCAAGUUAACUCGCCAUCGAGCACUACACCACGGUACUUGCCUCCUAGAUUCGCCCAACAUCAACGAUUUGGGUCGAUUUCUUCGAUCCCCGGCUCGAGGGUACAUCCAAGCAAGAGGUGUCGACAGCGUUCGGUCGCCUGUCGGCAAUGUCUCCAGUGCACUGGCAGAUUCGUAUUUUUCCAUGCAAGCGGUGAUGGACAAUAUUGUUGAAGAAUUCGCCUCAUUGUACGGAGUGCAUACCGAUGUUGUCCGUCGAGCACGACGUGCACUUGCUGGAGAACCCGAUCUGUUUGCCGGCGAUCGCUGGGUGAUGGGGACUGUCAGCGAUGCUCAAGGCGAGCAAGAACCAGAAAUUGGGAAAGGAAUUGCAGAGCUGCGGUCGCUGGAAUGGAAGUACACCCAAACCCCUCAGUUCACCUUUUCCACGCAUCCUACGGAAGACGACACGCGUGAGCGUCCACCUCUUCCUGCGACGCUUCCUCCCUCGACCCGAGUCUUCCUGCGUCUCAAACACGGCGCCAUUAUUGAGAGUAAUCUCUCCCUCUCCGAAGACAGCGCAAUCGCGUCCGACCAGGCAAGCCGAAUGCAAGAUAUAUUGCACGGUCAAAAGUUGCACGAGAUCACCUCCGAGCGCUGGACCGAGAUGCUUCGGCAAGGCUUGUCAGACUCUGAAGGUGUCGAGGAUGCCUUCCUCCAGGAGUUGGCAGAAUAUCUGGGCGACCUGCUAGGAGGCCAGUGA